CGCACCCUCUCUCAGCCGUACACAACCUUCUACUCGAUCUCUAAUGCAGCUCCCAUCGAUCAACAUGAAGCCCGUUGACCACCGCGCAGUCGCAAAGCAAGUGUACGGUUUCGCCGAUUCGCAGGCCCCACUAGCCCCGCUCGUCAAGGAGGCACUGGGCGUUAUAGACGAAGCCCUGGAUGACUUUGGCGAGGAUCGUGUUGCCAUCAGCUUCAACGGGGGCAAGGACUGCACUGUCCUCCUCCAUCUCAUAACUGCAGCACUCGGUCGCCGCCUCUCAGAGGGGCAGUCAAGCAAGGCGAUACCCUCUCUCUACAUACCUGUCGCAUCACCUUUCCCCGAGCUCGAAGUGUUCAUCUACGAAUGCGCAAAGGCUUACCACCUCGACCUCUACCGUUGCGAACCGCCAGCCGAUGGAUCGCUCCAAAUCGAGAGUGUCACCGAGCCGAGCUCGCCAGAAGCCCCCUUCUCUACCUUGCCUGAGCAUAAGCAGAAGAUGAUGACGCCUUCAACAUCGGCGAGGGCGAAGGGUGGAGAUGGUAUGAAGGCCGCAUUGGGUCUCUACAAGGAGAGGUUCCCCAACGUUGAAGCGAUUGUGAUCGGUACUCGGCGGACAGAUCCCCACGGAGCCAAGCUUGGCUUCCGGAACCCGACGGACCCUGGCUGGCCACGCUUCCAGCGAAUCAACGCCAUCAUCGACUGGUCCUACGCCGACGUCUGGACCUUCCUGCGUGCGCUGCAGGUCCCCUACUGCAUCCUCUACGACCAGGGAUACACUUCCCUCGGCUCGACCUACAACACCUUCCGUAACCCGGCGCUGCGCGUCUCACCCUGCUGCAGCAAGGCGCCGGCGACCAACGGUUCAGCGGACGAUUCCUCGGACUCCGUGACACCACAGAAUGGCUCUGCGAGGACACCAACGGUUGCCUCGGCCCUCAAGAACGGCUGCGCAUCGACGCCAUGCGACAUCCUCGGCGCGUCGCUCACGAACGGGUGUCACAGCAUCCCCGACGGCCUCGUGCGGCUCGAGCUCAACAACGCCGAGAUGUGCACCGCCGACGGCGAGUGCACGCUGAGCAAGACGAACGGCACGAACGGCUUCUCGCACAGCGCCGAUUUCCUCGAGCCGCCGUGCAACCACGAAGAGCGGUUCCGCCCCGCGUACGAGCUCGCCGACGGCAGCCUCGAGCGGUUCGGCCGCGCUUCAAGCUCGAAGACGACGGCGAAGCUGAUGGAGGAGCGGGCGAUGCAGCGGAAGCAGCAAAGCUCCUAAACUAAAAUUUCCUGAGUAAUUCAUACAUAGACGGCCUCGUGUCGUGCAUUGGAUAGGUUGUACUGCUAUAGUGUUUGAACGUUUUGGGACUAUUUCGCAUUCAUCUUAUUUAUAUAUAGCUACAGUCAACUGUAAUUCUGCACUCUCACCGUAGAAUCGUUAUCAGUUCU